UUAAAUGUUUAUACUCAAAUGAUAUUAUGCAGAUAUUCAGGGAUAAACAUUCCCAAAAGAUUUAACCAGUUUCAAAUUUCAGUGAAGCAGAAAAAAGCUGAUAUGGAAGCAGAAAUCCGAGACAUUGAAGUUAAAUACGAAAACAUGCAAGAAAGUAUUGCAAAAAAGAGGAAAAGACUCGUCGAAAGAGAAGUGCAUUUAAGAGCAACUCACUUACGGCAGGAGAUAUUGCAGGAGAGAAUUAGAGAACUAAAAGGUGAAAAGAAAAUGCUACAAAAACAGCAGGCAAAAAUGAAAGUCCAGCUGAGUUCCAUUAGGAAGGAGAUUUGUUCUAAAGCAUCGAACUUCAACGAAGAGUAUUUGCUGGCCAAAAGAAGUGCAGCUCCAAAACCACUACAUACAUGCACUUAUGGUUCAGCGUUCAAGAUAACAACUGCCCAUCAAAAUGCAGAAGCGGACAAUUUUUUACCCUUAAUUGAGAAACCAGAACUAGAAUCAAUGGAAGCUUUGCUAUUCGAUGUCGACUUUAGCAGCAGCCCAGCCGAGUAGACAUAGCGAUACAUUUGUAAUAUGAAAAGAAUUUAGUAAAAUAAAAGUUUGCU